UGUCCGUGCAAGAACAUACAUGAGCCACAUGAUUCGCUGAUCUCUUGACAUGGCGAAUAGACACGUUCCCAAUGUCACUAGCAAUAUCACGACAUUGCUUAACUAACAAACCCACAUAAGAAAGAUCCAAAGAGUGCGAAUAAAAAUUAUUACAAAAAUUGAGACAAUCAAAUUCAAUAAUUAAAUUCAAGUAGCCACUAGACUUCAACCAUGUAAGCGCUUCCUUUACUGUCAUAGCUUCAGCCAACAACGGAUCAUGAACAAUCCCUAGUCGCCCACUGCACGCAACAACAAACCUCCCGUUAUGGUCCCUAACAACAAAACCAUAACUAGUUCCAUCUUCAAAGACUGCAUGGCAGCAUCAACAUUGCAUUUAAGGAUAUUUGCCGCCGGUGGAGACCAACUAACAGUAGAAGGAGAAUGAUCAUGCACAUGAUCAGCUCGUGAGUACCAGAGUAUACCUUGCAUUGUGAAACUCAGUUGACACAAUCUGUGUUUUGCAAUAGUUAUGGCUGGUGCUAUUGUUGAUUUUGUAGUUGGAAAACUGAAGGAGGAAGCUUUACAAGAAGUAUUAUUCCAGUGGAGAAUCAAAGCUGAGGUGGAGAAAAUCACUGCUCGGCUAGCCAACAUGAAAGGCUACGUUGAUGAUUCAGGCAAGGGGAAACAAGACACCAAUGUAGCAGAGAGCUGGGCGACACAACUGAGGGAUACCACACUUGAACUUGAGGACUUGGUGGAGGAGUUCAUGCUGGAUUCCAAGCUUGUGGAACUCAAUACUCCUCCCUGCAAUUUUUGUGAAGUCAAGUCCCUCUUUGCCAACGUGCAGAGCUUGGUGGAGAGGGUGAAGAUCCAGUUUUUCUUCCAUCGGCAAUUAAAAGCCAUGGAUGAGAAGCUACUUGCUCUAGAAACAGACAAAUCAAAUUACAGUAUAAAACUGAAGACAAAUGACGAAAGAAAUGAGUUACUGAUGGGCAGUGGGAGUGGAUAUAUGGAGGGGACAGAAGCGGUGGGGAUUGACAAGCAGGUGGAGGAUAUAGCAGAGCUGAUUCAGAAGAAUCGUAGAGGGCGGAUGUUGGUGAUCACGGUUUGGGGAGCUGGAGGUUGUGGGAAAACUACUUUGGCCAAGCAAGUUUAUGAAAGAGUGAAGAAUGGUGGGAGCAUUGAUUGUUUUUCUUGGGUUGAUGUAAACCACUCCUCAGAUAUUGAAUAUGUUCUGAGGGAAACAAUCAAGGGGCUGUACAAAAGUGUUGGAUCAGAGAUGCCGCCUAAACUGGAGAAAGCAGAUGAAAAUUCUCUUCAGCAUCACAUUUGUGAUUACUUGAAGGGAAAAAGGUAUGUUGUAUUCUUUGAUGAUGUGUGGGAUGAGAAGCUGCUGAGUAAAAUCAAUAUUCCGGUCCAUCAUGAAUCUGCAAUUAUUAUCACUAGCCGUGAUAAAGGUAUUGCUGACGGAUCUUUUCUUGGGGUUACGUCUCAUUGUGUUGAGGUGAAGCCACUAGAAUUGGAUAUCGCAUGCAACCUUUUCUGCAAAUAUGCUUUUCCUCCUCCUGCUAAGCCUGAGGGCAACUGGCCUAACGAGACUGUUAAAGAAUUGGGAGAAGCAUUGGUUAAGAGAUGCACGGGUUUACCUGUUGCAAUUCUUGCAAUGGCUGGGUUGAUGUCCAAAAAGGGUGAUGAUCCAGCAAAUUGGAGGGAUGCUCUCCAAAGCCUUGACUACUACUCAGCACAAUCUGAAGAAGGUGGCAGUCUAAAAUCUCUCAACAGAGCCCUAUUGUUGAGUUACAAUGAGCUCCCAACUCACCUUAAGUCAUGUUUCUUAUACUGUGCAAUGUUCCCCAAAACACAGAGCCUUCAUGUAGAAAAGUUGAUCCGGAUGUGCAUAGCGGAGGGGUUUAUUGCAGAGCGUGGUGGGAAAUCACUAGAAGACAUAGCAAGGAAUUACCUCCUUGAGCUUAAUAACAGAAGCUUGAUUCGGAUUGUCACCAAAAAGUCUAUAUUUGUUAGAGUGGAGGACAAAAUUGAAAUGCAUGACCUGUUCCGUGAUGUAGCUGGUGAGGUGAUCAGAAGGGAAAUGUUUGCUGAAAUCAAAUUGAGUGGAAUGCAUAAUACCAAACUAGAGUGGAAGCAAAGGCGUAGUUUGAUAUUCCUAAAAAUAAAGCAAAAGGUGGAUCUUGAAAUGGGCAAUAUGAAGAAGCUACGUACACUCAUCAUUUUCCGUGGAGGGAUUAUUGUGAGGAAUUCGCUCCCUCAGAUGCUCCAAAACAUGAAGUUGCUCAGAGUUUUGGCGUUGGAAUGGUUAAUUGGUGGUUAUGCGAAGGGACUACCCAAUGAGGUUGGGGAUCUAAUUAAUCUUAGGUACAUCAGUCUGUAUGGUAAUAUUGCGACGAGACAUCUCCCUGAUUCCUUGGGAAGAUUGCACAAUCUACAGACAUUGGAUUUAAGACUGACUCCCGUGAAGAGUUUGCCUAAAUGCGUGUCACAGCUUAUGCAGCUGAGACAUCUCUUUGGGCACUAUGACUUACAAUUGCCAGAUAUUGUAUUCACAUCUUCUCAGCUUCAAACAUUAUCUGGCAUACUCAUUAAUACCAUUGAAGCAAGAGAAUUAGUAAGCCUCACACAACUCACUGAGUUGGACAUUACAUUCAAGGAAGGGGAGGAAUGCUGGAGAGCAAUUUGUGAUUCUGUCAAAAAAAUGACAAAUCUUCGCUCUCUAUUUAUUUGGUAUAAAGGUGAUGGUAUGGUAUGGGAAUUUGGAAAUUUCUCACCACCCCUUUAUCUCGAGAAGAUGGCGCUCCGUAAUUUACAGAAAUUGGUAAAGUUUACCCGCACUCUUAACUAUCUUCACUCAAUCAAUAUACAAGAGUGUUAUGUAGAUGGGGAUUUUUUCAACAGUUUGGAGAAACUGCCAAGCUUGGUGUGCCUCUACAUUGGGUCUUACAGUGGAGAAGAGUUAUUGUGCAGUGACGGAAGCUUUCAAAAACUCAAGAAGCUAGAGAUAUUGUGCGAGAAGCUUACCAAGUGGGAAAUUGGAAAAGGAGCUAUGAAAUAUCUUGAGUCACUAGCUAUACUUGAUUGCUAUAGUCUAGAAAUGGUUCCAGAAGGGUUGAGAGAAGUUGAGUAUUUGAAAGAAUUGCGUCUAUCCCACCCAUCUCAACAACUUGUUCAAGGGAUAAGUGUUGAAGGAUCAGAUCGAUGGAAGAUUGAACAUAUACCGAGAGUUACUAUCAAAACAAAGUCCACGGAUGACGACGACAAGGAGGACGAGGUGGACAUAAAAUGCAGGAAUGAAGACUAAAUUGCGGCCAUAACUAUGUUACAGCAGGGGAGUAAUGUGGCUGCCUUUUGUCUCAUCCCACGCCAGAAGCAAGCUCUCUGAUCUGCACACUUGAGCACCACAACCUCUUAAGAAACUGCAUGUACAUACCUAGUUUCUCUAGUUUGUUAUUCUCCCUACCUUAUAAUACCAAGUAGUUAUCCUAGCUUGUUUGUUUACGUGAGAAUAAACACACACUCUGUACAAAACCUUCUUUCUCUCUAUCAAUCAACAACUAUAUAUAUAUUUUGUUUAUAUUUUGAAUGAA